AUGGACGACAAGUCCCAAGACAACGCCGCAGCGGCAGCGCCAACCAUUCGACAGGAAGUGGAAGAGCCGACAAUCAUCACAGAAGACGCAAUGAUCACGUCAUUGAAGAAGACCAAGGCAAACAAGUGUGUCAAAGGAAAGCACAAGAAGAAGGCCAAGGAGGUCAAGAAGAAGAAGACGUCGCACGGCAAGGGAAAGAAAUCUGCGCGCGAUGACGACAGCUCCGAGAGUAGCAGCAGCGAAGACGAGUCGGUCAGCGACGACGACGACGACUCCGACAGUUCGUCCGAGGAGGAGCCCGCGCGCAAGAAAAAGGCAAAGUCAAAGCAGGCGAAGAAGCUCAAGGACAAGCAGCGUAAGCGGAGACGCAGCAAGAAGCAGGAUUCUUCGACUGAAAGCGAAGAGUCAGAGAGCGAGGAGAGUGAAGCCGCCACUGAAGAGGAGCCGUCACGGAAGAAGAAGCUCAAGAAGAAGUCAAAGACGCCAGAGGUCGAGUCUGAAGACACUGAAAGCGAAGACAAUGGCGAGAACGAUUUGGACCAGCAAAUUGUUGAUCUCAUGACCAAGAUUGCAGAGCUGAAGUCAACCUCCAAGCUGCGUUCCAAGCGUAGACAGUCCAGCAGCAAGAAACCUUCCAAGUCAAAGGCCUCCGCAAAGGCCUCGAAGAAGGAUUCGCUGGCCUACAAGCGUGUGGAUUGGCUUUGGGAUGCAGAGGAUCACAGUUUCAGGCUCAAGGAGAGUGCUGAAGAAGACGACAGCGACUUUGGAGAGUUUGCUUUCUUGGUCAAGCGCAAGUUUGACUGGGAGGGACAGUACUCGUCCACAGUUGUUGUUAUCAAAUCGAAGCUGCUUCGAGCUGUUCUUGCAGAAGUGAUGAAGGAUUGCAAGAGCGUCAGUCUGGAGCCGGAGGAGCCGUCCAUCGACCCGAACCUUCUCUUCCUCUACCUGGAGGAGCUCCGAACCUACUACAAGAAGACACUGAAGAAGCAGAUUGCAUCCGAAAAGAAGAAGAAGAACAUCAAGAAGCUUCAACAGAAGAGGUCACUUACCAAGACUCUGUGCAAGUACAUUGAUGAGGACUACGCCGACAUCAAGAAGAACCUCUACCCACUUUUGGAAUCUGGUAACAUCACAUUUGAUCUCCUGUGGGCCUUGUUCACUCCCAAUGACAUCGCCAUCACUUCUUGCUAUGGAUCUUGGGACGAGCCGAGAUGUUUCAAGGUGGACUAUGCGAUCAAAUCUGUCAGCAUGAAUCGUGGUGAAUGGUACUGCAUUGAGGGCAAGUAUCUCGAGUCCGAUGGCAAGGCUUGGRGUUUUGGAGAUUUUGAAGUCGACAUUGAAUCCUUCAAAGGACCUCGCAAAAUCUCAAGUCUCGCCUCCUACCCUCUCAAAUACCACAGCAAUCCCGAAGCCGUCAAGAAGCAGAUUGUCGCGCGCGGACAGCGCUUCGUCGCAAUGCAGCCCCAGGAGUACAAGUUUCACAAGGGACUGGCUUUUAUGAAGAAGAAGAAACAGGUGUUGAAGAUCAACAUCAACGGCCGUGUCAUGAUUGACCCAGCGACCUUUCGCCGAAUCAACCCCAACUAUCCCAUUUCGAACAUCAAGCUGGAUGAGGCGGAAGAAUUGUUCUCUGACAGCGACAUGGACGACUGCUCGUGCUGCGAAUCCGACGAGGAGGAGGCCACUGGUGGCGGGGAUGAAACCUUGACGAAUGCUGAUGCCGAGGAGGACAAGGCGCCACGAUACAAGUACAAGCUGGUCAAACAUGACGGCCGCAGCAGAUUUGUGGCCGUGGAGGUUGAUGAGAAUGGUGAUCCGAUUCGCAAACAGCAGAUCGACACACUUGAGGACAUCGAUACCGGGAAGCGUUCAUACACCGAAGAGGAGUUACUCCUGACAUCUCCCGUUGUACUUGGAUUUGCCUUUUCGGAGAAGCUUUGGUUGGAGUUCUCCCUUUCUGGAGUGCACGACAUCUCAUACAAUGACCAGGCCUUUGGCAGUCUAGUGCUGCCAGGCGAUCAGAAGAGCACGGUCCACGCUCUGGUCAAGAGUCACAAGUUUCACGCCGCGAAGACGAUCGAUGAUGUCGUCCAAGGCAAGGGUCGUGGUCUGGUAUUUGUGCUGCAUGGGCCUCCAGGAACGGGCAAGACUCUCACUGCAGAGGGUAUCUCCGAGCUGCUCCGCUGUCCUCUGUACUGCGUCUCUGCCGGCGAGCUGGGUACUGAUCCCGCGAGACUAGAGGUUGAAUUGCAAAAAGUACUGGACAUUGCUCACAGCUGGGGUGCAUUGCUUCUCCUCGACGAAGCCGAUGUUUUCCUCGAGCGGAGAACCGUCCAGGAUCUCCACCGCAACGCCUUGGUCUCUAUCUUCCUCCGUCUCUUGGAGUACUUCCAAGGCAUCCUCUUCCUCACCACCAACCGCGUCGAGACCUUUGAUGAUGCAUUCCAGAGCCGUAUCCACGUCGCCCUCCGCUACGACGAACUCACCCCACGCGCCAAAAAGGAAGUCUGGAAGAAWUUCAUCCAAAUGGUUCGAACGCAGCCCGGAGGUCAAGUCGCCGAUUUCAGCGAGGAGGACUUCACGACCCUCUCCCGCCAUCGUUUGAAUGGUCGCCAGAUCAAGAACACGGUCCGCACCGCACAAGCUCUGGCGUUGAAUGAGAAUGAGAAUCUCACCAUGAGCCAUAUUAAGCGCGUUCUCGAUGUCGCCGAGACGUUUGAUAGGGAUUUGAAGGGUGGGGUUGGGUAUGUGGAUGCGAUGAGGAGUUAUACCUAA